AUGACGAGAGGAGAAACAGAACCGCUUUUGCCUCGCUACAACGAUGAUACAUCGCGUCAGGGUCGCUUGCAUCAGAAACUGCAUAGCUAUCAGAUGCUUCGGGCCCUGUCCGAAGGUUACAUGCCAUCCACCGACCAGACCAUCACCAAUCUACGGACUCUUCUAGCCUCGGACAUCCUCAAUUACCGCAAUCAGGAUAUCGGCAGCGUUGGUCGUCAGCUCAUCCGCGACUGCCGCCUGUGGAUUGAAAUAUUCAUUGAGUUCCUGCGCGAAAAGAACGGUGACGACCAGCUGCAGGAGUUCCUAUGGCAUUUGUCUCGUUCUCGAGCUUCGCUGGAUACGUCCCAGGUCGCUCGUCGUGCGUCCAAUGCCAAGGCUAGACAGGAUACUAAAGCAGCAUAUGACAGUCUGCGGACCGUAGGAAAGCUUCUCCUGACCAAUUCUGACUUUCGGCUCUUUGUCGAGGAUCUGACGACUGUUGGGCGGGAGAUCUUCUCUGACACCGCUUAUGCCUUGUCUGAUACGUCAAAACAGGUUGGAGAACAGUUGAAACCAUCUCUGAAAGAUUUGAACGCGGUCAAGGGACCCGGCGCCGAUGAUGGCCGCGCUCCAUCUAAUGAAGAGAUUCGCCAGCAGGCUUCCAAAGUAGCAGAGGUUGCUGGCCAUGGGCUCGCUGAAACUGGUCGCGAAGCUAUUGAUAGCGCCAAAGAGCACCUCAUGGGACGGGAGAAAGGUGCCCUACUGCACCGGCUGAAGCAGGCCGUGAUGAAAUUGCGCGAACGGACAGACUACUCUGAUUCCAUUUCGACCCUGGUGCAGCUGGUCCAGCGCUAUGCACAUCUGUAUGCCAGCGCCGCCUCAGAGGUUGUCACCACGGCCGAGGAAGAGGUAGACAUCAACGAGGACCUCAAACUCGCAAUGGAUCGAUUUUGGGCGCUGCUGCAGUCCUUUGGGGACGCCGAGGAGUGGAAGAAGCUAGAGGAGAAGUUUAAACAGGUCUUGAAGCAUGCUAACGAUGACCCCGAGUUCGAGAACUUGUUUUCAGAGAUUGGAUCAUCGGUUCAAGAGUUGCUGACAGACCCGAAAUUCUUUGAUGAAGCACCCCAAAAGGUGGAAGAGCUGAAAGAGAAAUCAAAGAAGGUUGGGGCCGAGUCAAAUCUGCGUCAGGACGUGGAUGCCUUCCUUGCGCAGGCCAAGCGCACACUCAGGACUGUCCCCGAGGACCUGCAGGUGUCGAAGCUGGUCGAUGCGACCAACAAGCUGUUUAGAGACGCAUGGGACGGCUACCAGGACCGAAAGAGCCGGUUGCCAUCAGACAUGGUUGAAAUCCUCUUUCCCCUCCUCAUUCGCAGCAUUCAGUAUAUCCCGAUCCCGCGUCUGGAACUCUCCGCGCCCGAGAUGGACCUGUUAAUUGAGAGCCUCAUCCUCGAGCCGGGUCACACGGUCAACUAUUCGUCGUUUCUUCCGUAUCGGAUGCACAUCACCACGCGCAAUGACAUCGAUAUCUUGAAGAAGCAUUCGAAGCGGACUGCGACCGACCUCAAAACCACAUUCACUGCCUCAGUCUUCGGCCUGAACAUCAGUGCGUCCGAGUUUGGCUACUGGCUCCGAACUCAUCAAUCGCCAUUUUUCCGCAUCAAAGAUGAGGGCAUUGCCAGUUUCUAUCUCGACCAACGUGGGAUUGAUAUCUCGCUCGAUGUGGAAGUGGGUCGGGAGCGACUAGAGCAGAUCUUUACCCUUCGCGGCGUGCGCGUUCGGAUCCAUAAGCUUGACUACAAAGUCCACAAGAGCAAGUGGAAAUUCCUGCUGUGGCUGACCAAGCCAUUCCUGAAGCAUAUGGUCCGCCGAGUACUGGAGAAGAAAAUCGCCGAGUCCAUCGUCCAGGCGGCCUUUGCUCUUAACCGAGAGUUAGUCUUCGCCCGAGAACGGCUCCGGGCCGCUCGCAUUGCCAACCCUCACGAUCUGGCGACCUUUGUCCGGGCCGUGUUGGCCCGGUUGAAGCCGAUGGCAGACACGGACAUCGAGGCCCGGAUCGGGUUCGAGGCCCCGAGCGGUGGUGUCUUCAAGGAUGUGUAUGCGCCUGGUAGCAUUGUGAAAGUGUGGCGUGAGGAAGGAUUGCGGGCCCAAGAGGCCAUUGAAGAGGGAGAUGAGAGCCAAGGUCUGGGACGAACAUGGCGCAAUGAGGUUUUCGAUGUUGUUGGUCGUUCGUGGUAA